AUGAACAAAAAUGCAAUUGCAAGAAUGAUGGAAUCAACGCAUUUCAAGAAGGUUGUAAAUGAAAGGUAGAAGGAAUCUAAUUUGAGUAAGAAAUAAGUGAUCCAAGAGACAUUGAAAGAAGUUUAGAUAACAGGAGCAUAGGUCUUAUUCAAAAAAUGA